GUGGUCUCUUAUGGGAGGAGAAUAUAGUUCAGUGGUAACAUCUCUGAAGGGGAAGUGUUCUUUCUGCAAAACCAAAGUGUGUGUUCUGAAAAUGGAGAGGCACAGUCAUGCCCGGGAGCUCCUAAUAUUUUUAUUUUUUUUUUCUGUGGGUCAUGUAUUUUGUGUUGAGGUUGUUCCUGUUGAGACUGGGGGAACUUGCACUUUCAAGUCUUCUGCAUCAGGAACACCUCAGACCAUUCUGUGGAAAUUCAAUAAGAUGAAAGUGGUUGAGUAUGAAAAUAAUGAGUUUACUUGGUAUAGAUUUGAAAGUCGAGCAGAUCUUGAUAUUCAAACUGGAGACUUCACACUUAAGCAGCUGAGUAAAGAGGACAGUGGUCAUUAUGAGUCUGAAAUCCAGGUGGAUGGAAAACUACAGUAUUCCAACCAUGAGAUUAAAGUGCUGGAUGCAGUUCCAGUACCAGAAGUGACCUGUCAUGCAAACUGUACAGUAGCGACACUCCUGUGUUCAGUGGGCUCUUCAGUUCAGGCAGAGCUUAUAUGGAGUGGCCCAAAUGGAUUUGAAGAAACGGGAGAGAGAAUCAGCGUCUCCCCCAAAGAACAAUCAGUCUACAUCUGCACCGCACAAAAUGAAGUGAGCAAGAAGAGCACAGAGUUCUCUCAGCAGAAAUGUCUCACAGGUCAUGUAUUUUGUGCUGAGGUUGUUCCUGUUGAGACUGGGGGAACUUACACUUUCAAGUCUUCUACAUCAGGAACACCUGAGAGCAUUCUGUGGAAAUUCAAUAAGAUGAAAGUGGUUGAGUAUGAAAAUAAUGAGGUUUCUUGGUAUAGAUUUGAAGGUCGAGCAAAUCUUAAUAUUCAAACUGGAGACUUCACACUCAAGCAGCUGAGUAAAGAGGACAGUGGUCAUUAUGAGUCUGAAAUCCAGGUGGAUGGAAAACUACAGUAUUCCAACCAUGAGAUUAAAGUGCUGGGUCAUGUAUUUUGUGCUGAGGUUGUUCCUGUUGAGACUGGGGGAACUUGCACUUUCAAGUCUUCUGCAUCAGGAACACCUCAGACCAUUCUGUGGAAAUUCAAUAAGAUGAAAGUGGUUGAGUAUGAAAAUAAUGAGUUUACUUGGUAUAGAUUUGAAAGUCGAGCUGAUCUUGAUAUUCAAACUGGAGACUUCACACUUAAGCAGCUGAGUAAAGAGGACAGUGGUCAUUAUGAGUCUGAAAUCCAGGUGGAUGGAAAACUACAGUAUUCCAACCAUGAGAUUAAAGUGCUGGGUAAGUGAGUCAUGUUUUAAGAUCUUUUAAGGUUUUACUCUGAAUAUCAUCACUGUUAUUUCAAAACUUUGCUUAUUUUUCCAAUAUUUUUACAUAAUUCAAGUAUAGUAGUAGUUUUACCAUAGUGUGAACAUUUCAUAUUGAAUAGGCUAAACAGAAAUGCUCCAAAUGUACUGCUAAUAAAAUCUUGUUGCAUUAACUUGAUCAAAAUUAGGAAUAUUUUUGCCUUCUUCUGUAAAAUUUUCAUCAUGGAGAUACAUCUGUUUUUUGUUUGUUGUCUUUUUUAGUUUUGGUUGUUUUUUUAAAUCAUGAUUUUUUUUAAAUUCAUUGUUUUAAUGAAUAUUUCAAAUAAUUUUGCUCAUUGGCUUAAAUUAAAAUGUGCAGUUUGUUGUGAGCACUGUACAGUGACUUGAAAACUACCUGGAGUGCUCUGGCUUUCCUUUUACAUGACAUUAUCAUCAUGUGUAAUAAUACUUUACAGUAAUAAACCUAAAUAUAUGAAUUAUGUAUAUUUUUAAUAUGCAAAGUAUCAAUAUGUAACAAAUACACUGUAUGAAAUGAAAUGUGCCUCUGUCUUUUGAAAGCAUGCAAUAAACAU